AUGGCACAAAAUGUCGAAGAUGCAAGGCUCAAAGCUGAAGAGGAGGAACAACUGCAGCGGAGCUUGUUGAGCAUAUUCCUACGGCGUCGCGAUAUUUGGGAGGAAGUUUGUGGCGACUUGCUCUUCGAUCCGCUUUACGAAUGGUGUGAUUACCCGACAGCUAAGGACCAGCGUGCAGUUGAACGUGCUAUCAUCGAUGUUGAUUUCGGACGGGCGGUCGUGCUGCUUCGACAGAAAAGAUUCACGGACGACGACGAUAGCAUCCUGGAGCGACGACUCGUCGGGCUGCUUCGCUGUUUAUAUCUGCAAGAGCCUCCAUCGUCUUUGGUCCAAGACUUAGAGGCAGAAUUCUGCCAAGAGCACUUCACAAGGGAAAAGCACUUUAACUUUAUGGACGGUGUACUGGACUCUCGUCGCGAGCUCGGAGAGGAAUACCUCAGCCUUGAGGCCAGCCAGACUUGGAUAUUGUACUGGAUUGCACACUCGCUGAAUAUUUUGGGCCGUAAGCUAACUGAAUCUGAAGCCCGGGGCAUCACUCGGUUCUGCUUGGAAUGCCGAACGGAACAAGGUGGCUUUGGUGGGGGUAUCGGCCAUCAUCCUCACGCAGCCGCGACGUUUGCAGCGACGUCGGCCCUUUUCAUUGCCGGCACUGUGUUGCCUGAAGCAUUUGAGGUCUUGGAUAGGCGGAAGUUCUUGCACUGGGUUCUGAGAGAUCUGAAAAUAUCUCUGCCGGAGGGCGCCGCUUUUCGUGUGACAAGAGACGGAGAAUCCGACGUUCGAGCAACGUAUUGCGUUCUUGCUACAGCCUCGCUUUUGGGUGUACUAACAGAAGAGCUUGCCUCCGGAGUAGCUUCAUGGAUCUCUUGUUUACGUGCAUUCGAUGGAGGUUUCGGAGGUGAACCUUAUAAUGAGUCUCAUGGAGGCUACACGUUUUGUGCUUUGGCUAGCCUGAGAAUUCUGAACGAUUCUGGGUUUUUAUCCGAAAAGGAAUUUGAAAGUUUGGUUAAUCCAUGCAGAAAAUGGCUUCUCCUAAGACAGCGGCAGUUCGAGGGAGGAUUCCAGGGAAGACCGAAUAAACUUGUGGAUGCUUGUUACGCGUAUUGGAUUGGAGCUUCUUGCAAAAUAGUGGACGUUGAGUUCAACGCAUCAGCGUUGGCAAGGUAUCUGCUGCGCUACUGCCAGGACUUCGAGACAGGUGGCUUUCGGGACAAACCGGGUUCAGACCCUGAUUUUUAUCACACGUGCUAUGCUUUAAGCGGCUUGUGUCUCACGGGUUGGCAUGCUCUCGGCGAAAAUGGAACCAAAGUCGAGCUACUUGAAUUAGACCCCAUUUAUAAUCUCACAACGAAUGCGCUCAAACAAGCGAAGGAGUUUUUCGCAGACUAG